AUGGUGCCGCACGGUAUUCAGCUCUCCACACUCAAGGAGUGUCUCCAAUUCUUGCUAGGGUUGAACAAUGAUAAGAAGACGCAAAGCCUGGUGGCCGAAGAGCUGAAAAGGCUGAUUGAGAAGUAUUUUAAAUCCACAGUUACUACAGCACGUAAGGGUAACUCCACAUUUCUUUCAGCAGACAACAUUAAAUCCGAGCUCUCCAAAUUCCUUGGGAAAGCGUCAGACUUCUAUGCGAGAUUGUGCUAUACUACAAAGCCUUGGACAUAUGGAAAUCAAAGCGCAGAACAACUUGUCAACGCGCUGCUCGACUGCUUUCCCAAGUUCCUAGCCGCUAUGUACUAUCUCUGGUACUGCAUUGAUAAUACAUUCAAUAAGUUGGGCGGCGGUGGAUGGCAGAAUGACUGGCCUGGGUGGGAAAAUAGACCACAGUAUGGUAGGACUGAUUGGGGUGGUGACCUGCAGGAAUACCUUCGAGCGGAGGAACGCGACGCCCAUAAGUACGGUGGCAUAAUUCCUGGAGGCUUCGGUAAAAACGAGGUGAGAUAUGGUUACUCUGAUACUAAAGGCUAUACGAAGGGUUCUUAUAUGUAUGUGGACCUUGGAAAGAUUUUGGAAAAAAAUCCCUACAAUUUCUUCCGCAGUGUGUUCGUGAGUUCCGCAGUUGCGUACUCCGGCGUUAAUAAGGAGAACACCGCGAAUGCGCUCUCACUGGUGAGGACCUUUUGCGAUAUUGUGGGAGAAGAGGCAAAGAAAGAUAAUGGUAGAACUUUAAUACAAAAGUUGAAUGAAGAUUUAAACAGACGAUUGAGUUCACCAGAGAAAUCCAUCUGCUGGGACGACCUAAAAAAGCAUUGCGCUGAGCUCAGAAAUCAGAUUAGCAGAAUUUUCACCAACAAACGCUUUGACUUCACAGGCCAGGUGACGAAAGUUAGCGACCUUAAUGAGAUAGAGCUUGCAGGGAAAACAGCGGAAUGGCUGAGACGAAGUCUAACAACAGUGCGGGGGAAAUUGCAGGAAAUUAAGGAAUACCAGGCCGACCAGGAUUUUGGAGAUUAUUUCACUAAAAACCUUUUCCCAUACGGAUUCGUGUUUAGUGGAACAAGGGACAUCCAUAUGCCGGAGAGAGAAGUAAGGAAUUCGAUGAGAGAUUUGUCCACUGUAAGCAAAGAGCUUGGCGAAAAUAAUAAAAGUUUGGAUAGGCUUAGAGAAAUAUUGCAUGGUGAUGGCCAAAGAGCAUGUACAAAGCCUGAGCCCCCGCUACCAAAAACUGAAGGGAAUCAAAAUCAAGGCAAGAAAGCGGAGGGGGCACAGAACCAAGGCAAGAAACCUGAGGGAGCACAGAACCAGGGGAAGAAGGCGGAGGGAACUUCAAAUCAUGUUAAUGAUCAAAGUGGACGAAACCUCCCAGGUUCACCAAGUGGAAAGCUUCCUGCUCCACCUCCGGCUUCCGGUAAGGAUGGAGAUGCAGGCCCGAAAGGGCCUCCUGGUACAGUGACUCCGGGGUCUUCUUCGGAUCAAGAUUCAACAGUUAAACAAGGUGUUAAUGUUCAAACUCCCGGUGAUACAAGCCCGCCACAGUCUCCGCCGGCUACCGCCAGUGCUCCUGGAGACCCUUCCCUCCCUGCUAAGCCAGGUGUCGGGGGUCAGGAUUCACCGGGCGGUGCCCCUCAAGGCUUACAUCCUGCUGCUCCUCAAGAUCCUGCACGUCCACAGACUACGAGUGUUCCAGGGUCAGGCUCUGGGUUAACUGGUGGUAAGGGGACUGGUCUACAAGGUGGUGGAGGGGGUGAUCAAGGCGGUGCCAGUUUCAUGGGCCACCCUAUACGGUCUCAGAAAUGGACGAAACCUCCAGAGCGCACGUCGGCACCAAAAGAUAAGCUUGACGUCACAGGCCAGCCUGUCGCCCACACGGUGUUAGUAGAUGCCUUGCCGCCGCUCUCAGCCUUGAAGCUGCCCUGGCAGCGUGACAAGACGCUGACCAAGCCCCUUGAAACUGUUACGCUUAAUGAGCAUGACAUGGCUGACAUAACACAUGUCACUGGCGACGUAAUUAAAACGCCCAUGGCGCAACUUCAAGGUCACCCUAAUAUGGGCAUCUCCGUUACACCGGAGCUCACAGGCCAGCCUGUUGCCGAGAUUAUGUUCGACGAUCCUGAUAUCAUUCCAAUCGAUUUAGACAUCGAACGGCGGCAUGAAACUGAAACGGCGCCUAACGCACAAAUUCAGCCGCCGCCCACAGCAACACAAGGUUUCACGAAACAACUGUCUCGGACUACCGUACCACCUACGGAGUGGAUCGAGCCUGCCGUUCCCAUAGAGGCUUCACCUGAGAUACCCACGGAAGCAUUCGGUGGCAGCGUCGGCCCGCUUGAUAAUGUAAAAAGUCCGAGCGCUGUGGAAUUUCUAAAGCAACUUGAUCUCAACACAUCGCCCGACGCCGGAGUAUGCCGCAACCCCUGGUACGUCUCCGAUGCCUCGGAUGUCACCGACCAACCAACCCCCUCCCCUCCCCAAGACUCGGACCACCUGCCUCCUCCCAAGACCGUCAGGGAAAUGCUCUGCUGGCUGGUUGGAUUGACUGAGUUGGGGUAUGUUGGAAUCAUUACUGAGCGUGUUAAAGGCAUUUUAAGGGAAUAUAACAAGGAUGUCUCCCAGCCUCCAGAUGCCCUCGAGGUCACUGGGGAUCCCUCUCCGCUGACCGCUUCCCAUGUCUCCAACACUCUGACCCAGGCGUGCCACUACGCGGCGAACGUACUCCACAGGAUCAAGUACAAAGACAUAUCCGAUGAGUUCAAAACCUUUUUCGAGGAUCAAAAGAAAUAUGCCUUUUAUUCCUCCUCAGAUCCCGCCUGCCUCCUCUGCCAGCUGCGGGACUACGUGUACGCCUGCUACCACCAGUUGACGUUCCUUAAGUCGCAGUGUUAUCGGAAUAAAUCUCAGGGAGGUUGGCAGAAUUGUCCGUACGGCCGUGAUGUAUCGUCUCCCAAGUCCCCACUCCAGGCCUUUUUGACUGACGCCGCAGACUCCAAGUUCAAGACAGAUCCCUUCGACCCGCGCGAUAUCUGCCGCAAGAGCCGUGUCAACAUGGGAUUCAAGCAGGAGCAUCUGCCUGCAACUCACGAAACUGGCAAGCAUAUUUCCACCAUCCUCACUCCCACCUGCGGCGGCGAUGACCCCUUGCUGACAUUGGCCUCCUACCUCAACUGCCUCACCCAGCGGACGCCGCGCACAACCGGGGAGCUUGUAUCUUUCUUCCACAAUUUCGGGAAUACGCUUCAUGAUGUAUCUUCAGACUUGUCUUUACUGGGCUCCGCCCUCUCCAAGCGACAUGACGACUGCCCCAGGUGGGACUGCCUUGGUGACGCCGACCUCCAAGCCGUCCAGGGCAUCCGGGGCUCCGCCACUCCCACCGCCAACCACGACAAGGACAAGAACCAUGCCAAGACCCUGUCCACACUGCUUGGCUGCGACAUCGAUAACUCCAAGUGCCCACAACUGAUGAAGCCCAUCACCUACGGAGCCUACGCCCCGUACUCUUCCACCUUCGUCCACACCUACCUCAGCUGGGCGGCCUACCUGGCAGGCAGACUGUGGGAGUCACUGCUCAAGCUGUACUGCGAUCUCGAGAAGCUUAAAUGCCACGACUCCAAGUCCCUCCACCAGGCCGUCCAGUAG